AUGGCCAUAUUCCGGCAGAUUCUUGAGGGCGGUGGCGUCUUGCCUAGCAGUACGCCGUCGCUGUCCAGCAUGGGUCCUGUUGACGAAUAUCUCAAACCCCGCUACGGCGAUUGGGAGAUAAGCAACUUUUGGUUCAGCUCCACGAUGACGACGGGCGACUUUCAGAUGUAUCAAUGGACAUUCAGGCAGAAACUCACCUUCAGUGUGUGUUACAAUGAGGCGUUCUAUGGGGCGGAGAAGCCGGACCGCAUCAUGGAGAGUACCAGGAAUGAGAUGCUUCGAGGCUUGCUUCACGUGUAA